AUGACUAUUCAGACAAGACAGUACGACAUUGUGUUUGUGGAAUGGCGACUUCUACCCCAGCUUUUGACCAUUGGGUCUUACCCCAGCAGUGGCUUGAUUGCAUCUCCAGUGACUUUAUCCCCAAUGAAAGUUUCGAGCGUUCGCACAGUGAUGCCGGACUAUUCUCCUUGUGGACAUGCCCAAUCUGAACAACACAACAUGAAUAAAGUUUGGCUUCUUGUACUAAUGAUGUUCUACAAUAGCCUUCCUAUAAAAACAAUCAGCAAUGUUUCUGCAAGACCAAGUACUAUCAAUAUUGGUGCAAUUUUAUCUUUCAAUUCAACCAUUGGAAGAGUGGCUAAAGUUGCCAUAGAAGCAGCAGUGGAUGAUAUAAAUUCCAAUCCAAAGGUUCUCAGUGGAACUAAGCUUAAUAUUUCAAUGCUUGACACUAAAUCUUCCCCUGGAUUUCUAGGAAUCGUUGAUUCAUUACUGUUGAUGGAGAAAGAGACUGUGGCCAUAAUUGGUCCACAGUUUUCAGUGAUGGCUCAUGUGAUUUCACAUAUUGCAAAUGAGAUGCAAGUACCUAUACUAUCAUUUGCAGCAACAGAUCCAACACUAACUUCACUAGAGUUCCCAUAUUUUGUUAGGACAACACAGAGUGAUCUGAAUCAAAUGGCUGCUGUGGCAGACAUUGUUGACCAUUUUCAAUGGAGAGAUGUGAUAGCAAUUUUCAUAGAUGAUGAUCAUGGAAGAAAUGGGAUAGCUGCAUUAGGUGAUAAGCUAGCAGAGAAACAUAGUAAAAUAUCAUAUAAAGCAGCUCUUAGACCUGAUCAACUCACCACUGAUGAAAUAAACAAUGCAUUAUUUAAGGUAGCUUUGAUGGAGUCUAGAGUAAUUGUCCUUCAUGUAACCCUUCAUUUUGGUCUACAAGUACUUCACUUGGCUCAAUCACAUGAAAUGAUGGGAAGUGGUUAUGUAUGGAUAGCCACUGAUUGGCUUUCUACGAUACUAGAUUCCGAUCCUUCGUUGUCCACAUCUGCAACAAUGAAUGACAUGCAAGGUGUUAUCACCUUGAGGAUGUACACACCAGAAUCAAAAAAUAAAAGAAAUUUCACUUCUAGAUGGAACAGAAACCUGAGCCAUAACAUAGGUUCUGAUCAUGACCAUAAUCAUGGGCCUUCUUUUGGUUUAAACAUGUUUGGUUUAUACGCCUAUGACACUGUUUAUGUUCUUGCUUCUGCACUAGAUGCAUUUUUUAACAGUGGAGGAACUUUGUCAUUUUCAAAUGAUUCAAAUCUAAACAUGUUAAGAGGAGACACCCUUCAUUUGGAUAAUAUGAAGGUCUUUGUUAAUGGUAGUAUGUUGCUUCAAAAAAUCUUAGAGGUCAACAUAACUGGUUUAACAGGCAAUAUUAUGUUUGAUUCAAAUGGAAACUUAAUGAAUCCAUCAUAUGAAAUCAUUAAUGUCAUAGGUAGUGGAAUUAGAAGGAUUGGUUUUUGGUCUGAAUCUUAUGGACUCCACACUGGUGUGGAAUCUCCUAAUCAUUCAAAUUUAAGAAAAGGAUUAUAUGGUGUCAUAUGGCCUGGUCAAACAACUCAUACCCCGCGUGGUUGGGUUUUCGCUAGCAAUGGAAGACGCUUGAAAGUUGGUGUGCCGCUUAAAAUUAGUUACCAUGAACUUGUGUCAAGAAUUAAGGGUUCUGAUAUGUUUGCUGGUUAUUGCAUAGAUGUUUUUACUGCUGCAGUUGAAUUAUUGCCUUAUUCAGUUCCAUGCAAAUAUAUUCCAGUUGGUGAUGGUAAAACCAACCCAACUUACACAGACAUUCUCCAUAAGAUGACAGAGGGUGACUUUGAUGCUGUGGUUGGGGACAUUACAAUUACCACAAACAGAACUAAGAUAGUGGAUUUUACACAACCAUAUUCUGAGUCAGGGCUAGUUGUUGUGGCACCUAUCAUGAAGUUGAAAGCAAGCCCAUGGGCUUUCCUAAGACCAUUUGCACCAAUGAUGUGGCUUGUCACAGGAGUGUUUUUCUUUGUUGUAGGAUCUGUUGUUUGGAUUGUAGAACGUCGCUUCAAUGAUGACUUUAGAGGCCCGGCUAAAAAGCAAUUUGUAACCAUUCUAUGGUUUAGUUUUUCAACCAUGUUUUCUACACAUAGAGAGAAAACUGUGAGCACACUUGGUCGCUUAUUGCUAAUCAUUUGGCUAUUUGUGGUUAUGAUACUAAACUCUAGUUAUACCUCAAGUCUUACCUCUAUCCUAACGGUGGAGCAGCUAUCUUCCUCAGUUAAGGGACUUGAAAGCUUAGCAACAAGCAAUGAUCGCAUCGGUUACUUAAGAGGCUCAUUCUCUGAAAAUUAUCUGACUCAGGAGCUCAACAUACACAGAUCAAGGCUUGUUCCUUUGAACUCUCCUUCAGAAUAUGAAAAGGCCUUGAAAGAUGGACCAACUAAUGGUGGUGUUGCCGCAAUAGUAGAUGAACGUGCAUACAUGGAAAUCUUCUUAGAAAUGAGAUGUGAAUUUGGUAUCAUUGGUCAAGAAUUCACCAAGAUGGGAUGGGGCUUUGCCUUUCCACGGGAUUCUCCCCUAGCAAUUGACAUGUCAACUGCAAUUCUAAAACUAUCAGAGAAUGGAGGUCUCCAGAGAAUUCAUGACAAAUGGCUGACAAGAAGUUCUUGCAGAUCAGAAGAAGAAAAACAAGGCAUGGACAGACUUGACCUACAAAGUUUUUGGGGCUUAUUUCUUAUAACUGGAAUAGCAUGCUUUGUUUCCCUAUUUUGUUACGUUUUUCAAAUGGCCUACAGCUAUCGGAAGCAUUACUCGAAGAACAAUAACAACAACGUUCAAUUCUCAUCGCGUUCUGCUCGUCUUAGAUCAUUCCUUUCCUUUGUGAAAGAAAAAGAAGAGGAAGACAAAUGCAGUGAAAAUAGAAUAAAAAAGGAAAAGUCGUCUAGCAGACGGGUAGCACAUGAAGAUGGACCGUUGGACUUGGAUGACUCGAAUGUUGGUGUCCAUGUUGAAAAUGAUGCCUAAUAAGUGUUUGUACUAGAUCUUUCACUUUAAUAAUAUUCUACCUAGUGAGUAUCAAUGAGUUGCAAGUCUUCCAAAAAACUUCAUAUUUGUAUGGAGUUCAGAAAGGUAUCAUUGAAUUUGUUAGAGAAGAUAGCUA